AGUUAUGACGAGUUACAACAGAGUGUUACUGAUAAUACUCUACAAAUUCAGAAGUAUACCGAACUUAACGCAUUGAAUGGGAAUAGCAAGAAAGAAGAGACCUUAUCCCGAAAAGGGAGACAACUUACGUCACACAAUUUGAUAUCAGAUUUGAUACACGCACAGGCACAGAUAUUGCAAACGCAUUGCACCAACAGCAGCAGAGUUUGCAUGCAAGGGCCUAAAGGAGACGCUGGUCCGAAAGGGGAUACUGGAUAUGUUGGGCUUCCAACGAACCCGAGUAGGACAUGUAUUUGUCUAAUUUCUCCAACUAUUCAUAGCGGUAACGUUACACCACACCUGCAGCCAGAACGACCGACUGUGUUGGACUGUUCUGCCUCGGGAAAUCCAGAUCCCUUUAUCACGUGGUCCAAGGACGGUGUUAGGAUAAAUAACAAGUCGAAUCAACAUCUCACUGUUACUCAUCCGGGUAACUAUACGUGUACCGCGGAAAAUAUUGUGGGCGUGGCUACUUUUUCCUUUUAUGUGACGUGAUUCAA